AUGAGUUACCUGGAAAAAAUAGAUGGAUACUUCGAUUCCUUGAAAAUUGGAAAAAGUGCCGUGGUCGAUUCUUGGUUCAUGAUGUCCAGUCCAAUUCCUAUCCUGUCGGUGAUAGGCGCUUACCUAGUAUUCCUGCGUGUUGGACCCAAAUUGAUGAAAAACAGGCCACCGUUGAAGAUGAACAAAGUUAUAAGCUACUACAACGCCGCUCAAGUCGUGCUAGCAGCAAUGAUAUGUAUGAAGGUCUUCAAGUUGAAUUUGUUCCGAGACGGUAUAAUUUACGCGGGCUGCCGGUAUCCCUCCAAUACACAAAACCCUUUGCUCCUCGACUUGGGCUGGUGGUAUUUUUUCGCAAAAUUCACAGAGCUACUGGACACUGUGUUCUUCGUGUUGAGAAAGAAAAACAAACAGCUGACGUUCCUCCACGUGUAUCACCACGUUAUUAUGGCGCUCUACUCCUGGAGCUAUCUCAAAUUUGCUGCUGCUGGCGAAGGGGCGGUUCUAGCUCUCCUGAAUUCUGGCGUUCAUGUUGUCAUGUACACGUACUAUUUGCUGUCGGGGCUGGGCCCUCAGUUCCAAAAGUACUUAUGGUGGAAGAAGUACGUUACAACGAUGCAGUUGAUCCAGUUCGUCCUUAUGCUGUCCUACUGUGCGUGGACGUAUUUCUCACCGCGGUGCCAAUAUGAACCCGGUUUCACUUACUUCAUUUCUGCUAACGUCACAAUAUUUCUAAUUCUUUUCAUUAAUUUCUACACAAAAAAUUAUAAGCUGCUCAAGAACAAGGAACUCAAAGCAAUGUAUGACAAGGUUAAAAAUAACACAGAGUCAAACGGCGUGACAAGAAAGCUUAGUGACAAUGAGAUGGAAUUGACGGGUGAUAUAUGCAAAGGCAUUCCUAAUUUGGAAGACAGCCCGUGUGAAGUUGAAAAAGCGUGCGGAGAUUUUAUAAAAGAUGGCAAAGCGUACCUUACUCGACGUUCCGCCAAAUGCGCUUUCAGUUCAGAAUGUGGCAUUGAUCGUAUAAUAAAGAAA